UACGUAGAUGUGCCCCGUCGAGUUUCCGACAAAUUCGAAUAGCCUAACCAAAAGUGGCAGUCAGUGUAGUUAGAGCAUAGGACCAGGAGGCAGUACAGCAACAGCGAACAGUGUCGAACCACAAGUUGACAGUGGGGAAUUUUACUUCUAUACAGUUCCUGUGGGUUUUCAAGAGGUGCGAAUUUGUCGAAGUGUAUAGGGAAAGAAAAGUGAAUCGCUUGGAUAAGGAAACGAAAAACAUAAAUAAAUACAUAGAAAAUAAGCGAAAUCACAUCACUUUUGUGUGUGAUUAAUAAUCGGCAGUGUAGCCCAGCAGUGCGAGUAAAAUAAGAGGCGAAGACCACGUGCAGGAAGAAAAAGUUCAACACAACGAGUGAGUCAGAGUGAGAUAAAUAUUCACGAAGAAAAAAAGUGCACCUCUUGAGCAUAGUAGCAAUCUGCCAGAGGAGAAAAUCCAAGAUCCAAUAAAUUAUCUGCGUGAUUUCGUUACACGGAGUAAAAGUUUUUUUCGUUCGAGGAAAAAGAAGGCGACUACUUGAACCGGGUGCCGGUUUCGGAUUUCCUGUAGAGUGUCGCUGGAGCAGUGGUUGGAAUCUUGUUGCCCUUCUGUUGUGGAGUGCAGCAAAAAGGAUUUCUGCCACCGUCGAACGCUGGAAUUGCAGCAGUCUACAACAUCUACAGCUAACAUCAACAACAUCAGCAUCUCAUAUAAUGGAGGCGGUUGCGAAACACGAUUUUAACGCCACGGCCGACGAUGAGCUGAGCUUCCGGAAGAACCAGGUUCUAAAGAUCCUCAACAUGGAAGACGACAUGAAUUGGUACCGGGCAGAACUAGACGGGAAGGAAGGACUAAUACCAAGCAAUUACAUAGAAAUGAAAAAUCACGAUUGGUACUACGGUCGCAUCACACGGGCAGACGCCGAGAAGCUCCUGUCGAACAAACACGAGGGCGCCUUCCUGAUACGGAUCAGCGAGUCCAGCCCGGGCGACUUCAGCCUGUCGGUCAAAUGCUCGGACGGCGUGCAGCACUUCAAGGUGCUCCGGGACGCGCAAGGCAAAUUCUUCCUCUGGGUGGUGAAAUUCAACUCCCUGAACGAACUGGUCGACUACCACCGGACGGCUAGCGUGUCCCGCUCGCAGGAGGUCAAACUGCGCGAUAUGGUGCCAGAAGAGAUGUUGGUGCAAGCCCUGUACGACUUCGUUGCGCAGGAGUCCGGCGAGCUGGACUUCCGGCGAGGGGACGUCAUCACGGUUACGGAUCGCUCUGACGAGCAUUGGUGGAACGGCGAAAUUGGAAAUCGGAAAGGACUAUUCCCAGCAAUAUACGUGGCGCCCUACCAUUCAUAAGAUAUAAGUAUUUUUAUUAUUUUUUGCUAUAUAAAUAUUAUAUAUUUUUAAUGUUUAACUGGGGGAAAAGUCGAAUCGAAAGAGGGAUACGAAACAAAAGGGAACGUGAACACAAAAUAUUCAAGAAGCCAAUAAGAACGCGAUGCAAAGAUCGAGAGUGGUUGCGUCUAGAGAGAAAGAGAAAACGAGUCAGUGCGCGAAAAAAGAGCGAAGCCAGAGAACCGAUGUACAUUGAUUGACACACACAGGCAUGCAUUAUGACACAAAUGAGAGAUAAUCCCCAUUUACCUAUCAGCUAGAAGUAUCUUGCAGGACAUUUGAAUGGUUAGUUGAAACAAAAUGGUCGAAGUGCUUGUGAGAUACACGCGAAAUCAAAAGGAAUCAAAUUCAGGUGUUUUACUAUAUCUAGGUUUGAACGUGGCGAGAUCGCAUCUCGGCCGCAAAUACAUUCAAUCAACACCAGGAAAAAAAACCCUACCCACACUACUAAGGUAACCGGAGAUAAUCGUGAGUGUGAAUCAAAGUGGAAUAUUUCAAAAAAAAAAAAAUCUGAGAGUUACGAAAGAUGUGUAGUUUUGUUUAUAUAGAUAUUUUCUGUUUUUGUCUCGUAAAAAUAGUCUAGUUUUUGGAGCAACUUUUUUCUUUUCGUUUUGUAAUUAAUCCUAAAUGUAGGCAACCGUUAGCAGAUCUUAUAAUUACUAUUUAAACAAAAACAAAUGUAGGAACAAAAUUGGUCUAAUUUCGUUUCGUAGGCAGAAAGCGCAACUUUUGUCAUUAUGUGUAAUAGCUUUUAAGUGUAAACACAGUCACACAAGAAGAAAACAUGUAAUAUGUUGUACGGAAAAAUCCUUACACUAUAAUAGACUUUUUAACCGAGUAUCAUUCUCAGUUUAUCAAUUCCUUGCGCUAAGCAAAUCCUUUUUACAAAUCCCAAUGAAUGGUAGUUCCCUGAUUCGUCAUACGGCCGUUUGCCAUAAUUAGCUAACGUUCAUGACGGAAAGCCGUAUGGCUAAUGGCGUCUCCAUGAAACUACACUCGAAACACAGUCCCAUUCUUAAAAUAGGGAACGACUACUAGAGAGCAACAUCCAGCAACCGAAUCACACAUUUUUACGAAUAGAUCUACAAUAAUUUAAAAUAACUACAGAAAACCCCUUUUAGUGCAGUUUUAAGUGAACCGAAGCAGAUUAUGAUAAAUAUCCUCAAGUGAAUAGAGAACCGAACCACACACACUGAAAGAUAUUUCGCUAGGAGAACAAUUUACACAAUUAUACACUGACACACUACCCUCCAACAGUACACCACUAGCUGUACAGAAAGUGCAGACAACGGGGCAAAAGGACACCCUUGAGUGUAGGUGCUUAUAUCGUUUCCUGUCCUUUCCGGGGACGAUGCUCCUGUGGUUGCAGGAAAAAGUGUCGCAAAUAACCGGAAGACAAUUACCUAUUCCUACCUUGCAUAAUUAAGUAAAAGAGAGCGAAAACAAACAGCAACAGUUGAAGGAGUGCAAUGUGCCAAGCGAGUGCCGAUCCGGAUCGUCAUCCACACCUUUGCGCGCGUAAAAGCCAUCGUUAAUUACAAAAAAAAAGUAAGACAAACAAGGAGUACUCCUACAUCAACUAAUAGACAAGACAAAGUAAACAAUCAAACGAAAAUCGAA